AUGGCAGACGACGAGCUGCUUCUUCCUGACGAUAUCAUCAUCAACAUUCUUUGUAGGCUUCCCGUGAAAAUCCUAAUCCAAUGUCGAUGUGUAUGCAAACACUGGAAAAAUCUCUUCAAGACUCAACAUUUCAUCACAUAUUUCCUAUCCCAGAAUCAAGAAUUUCAUCGUCUUGGAUAUACGAUGAAUCUUACAUUCUCUAGUCUGUCCUCGGAUUUCGGCAGGCACAGUAUCAAUUCCUUGUCUCCCGUAAAUGUCUUUUAUUCUCGCAAAGACUUGUUUUGUCUUGAAUUCGCAGAUUGUGACAUGAUUUCUCCUAAUAAUCCCCUUUUGCUAUGGAAUCGAAGAAUUAGAAAGGUACAAAAAGUGCCCCAAACCAGUGCUACGAAUUUCAAAGGACGACACUCGUGCGUAGGGUUUGGUUUUAGUUCAAAGAUCAACGAUUACAAGAUAGUGAGAAUUUACGUUCCUGAGAAUGAUCGAGUGGAAGUGUAUUCAUUGAGCACAGAUUCGUGGAAGGAGAUAAAGCCUGGGAAUGUUCUAGAGGGCCUAAGGAUUAGUUUAAGAACAGUAACUAUGCAUAAUGGAUUAAUGUAUUGGUUUGCAUGGAAACAAGAAAGGGAAGAUAGGAAUGAAAUAAAUUAUGAUAUGCUAGUUUCAUUUGACAUAGUCAAGGAAAUCUUUUCAUUGUUACCAAUUCCUGCUUUUGAGGUCGCAGGACCAAGGUCUCACCUCAUCGGAUCAUAUCAUUUGAGUUCCUAUGAUAGACUUGCUCUACGUUCUCCCCUUCGACCACAUGAUUACCGAGUUUUAUUCUAUCGAUGUCUUCGGUGGAAGAAGCUACGUCGUCUUUUUUAUUGGUAUAAUACAAGACCAGGUUUCUAA